AUGGAAAAUACAAAAUGUGCAAGCGAGUAUAAUGAGCUGCUUGAUUGUUUGGAAAAAUAUGAUAGGAAUUGGGGAAAAUGCCAAGAUCAAUUAAAAUUGUUUCGAUUUUGUUACUACCAAAAGGAUGAUAUCAUUGACACACAAAAAAAAUAA